CGGCGGUUGCGUUUAAAGGAGCGAGCGCUGAGGGAGCCCGCCCGGGAGGAACCGCUGAGGAGAGAACCCGCAAAAAAUAACCCCCAAUAAAUAACCCGCAAUAAGAACCAACCCGCUGGGGAGAGAACCCGCAAUAAAUAACUCGCAGUGGAGAGAUUCCGCCAUAAGAGAACUGCUGAGGAGAGAACCACAGAACCACAAAUGGCUCCUGCUAAGAAAAAGGGCAGCUCCAUUGCCCGCCGCCGCAAAAUGGAGGCGUUCCUCCAAGACUUCGACAGAGAAGUGGAGCGGCGGCUGAAGCAGAUCGAGGCGGACGGGGAGCGCAUGGUGCAAGAAGUGGAGCACAUGUACGACUUGGCCAUCCUGCGGAUGCCGCCCGAGAUCCGCGAGAUGAACUGGCUGGAGUUCUUCGCUCUAGCAAGAGGUGAAAACACGCCGGAGGGUGUGGCUAAGGCAGACAUGGAAAUAACAAAAAUCUGCAGGCUGAGCACAGACAUCAUCAAUCCCCUGUUGGAUGUUGCUGAAAAGGUGAGUAAAAUCAAAAGGAGUGUUGAAGCUGAUGAGGAAGCAGAGCCUCCAUCAGUUCCACAGCAGAAAAGAUCUCGACUUGCCAGCCAGCGUCCUUCAGAGGCUGAGAGUGGGGAUGCAAGGACUGCCAAGGUGAAGGCAUCCGUCAAAAAACCACCCGUGGCCAGAAGACCCCCCUCAGCGAGAGUGAAGGGCAUGAGCAAGAGAUCAAGCAAAAACAACUUCAUCACUCCAGCUUCUGGCAGAAUGGUUGAUAUGUGUGCUCGGGGAGGCACCUCCAUGGUUACACCCAGAUUUGAUCCCAGGGUGUUCAAGACGCCGGGGCUGCGCACUCCGGCCAUCAACGAGCGCGUUUACACCUUCUCUGCCAAGGGGAGCCCCCUGGCCGAGCCCGAGGACGUCAUCCUCACCCUGCCCCUCGGUGGGGGAGAGAGCAUACGUUUGACAGAAAAAGAUUUGACCAAGAAGAAUUUUCUUCAGCUGAACCCCAAGGCCCAAGGGCUCAUGCAGAAGCUGUCAGUUUGUCUCACACAGGCUUGCAAUGAGGCAAAAAUACCCCAAGAUGGAAGUCAGUGAGCAAGACAUCCCUCUGUAGUUCUUGUUUUAAUUUGUAUAUUCCUUUUAUUGAUAUACAGAAUGGAAGCUAAAAACUAGUUAUUUUACCUAUGAUAAGUAAUGGGAGAAAAAUAAAUAGAACUUUGGAGAGAAAUAUGUGCCCCGAGUUUCCACAAGAACCUUUUACACCUGCUGUGCUUGAACAGGGCCAUUCCACCCUGUCCCAUGGCUCAGGGAGUGACAGUGGCUCUGCAAGGUGGGACAGAGCUGCCUACAGGGACCCAAGUGACAAAUCACCAGUGACAUUGUUGAGGGGAGCAGGCACAGGCAGUGAUGGGGCUGUAAUGAAUUAAGUGCUGUUCAAAUUG